AUGGCUUCAUCUAACAUCCUCGCCCAAUCGACCGCCUUCCAACGUACCGAUGGCACAGAGGACCGCAUAAGUUCUCAUCCCUUUAUAGGCCCAGGUGUUUUAGAUUUGGUUAGAUUUACAACCGAGAAGAACGCUGUCGUCAAUACCCCAAGGUCUUCGAAAAAACCAGAAGAUCGUCUUUCUGAAAAACUCAAAGAGAUGGAAAUCCAAAAAACUUCUCUUGUAUCUCGUAUACCCACGCGAGAGAAGAAACCUUCUGUGACUCCGUACUACCGAAAGCCCAAGUUUGUUCGAGCUCGCGCACCCGAAGCACCUAGGCAACAUAAGAGGCAGAGGCAAUCUGCCGUGACCAUAGACCUAAAGGAGCUUAACAAAAUGGGGUCCGGGAAACAUACCGAGUGA